GCCAUUUGGAAGCCGGGGAUGAUUAGGUGACUGUGAUGAUAUGAGGUCCAGAUUGGGAAUUUAGCCAGGACACCAGGGUUAACACCCCUACUCUUACAAUACGUGCCAUGGGAUAUUUUCGUGACCAGAUAGUCAGGACACCCGUUUAACGUCCAGUCCGAAAGACAGCACCCUAUACAGGGCAAUGUCCCAAAUCACUGCCUGGGGCAUUGGGCUAUUUUUUUAAACCAGAUGAAAGACUGCCUCCUAACUGGGCUUCCAACACCACUUCCAGCAGCAUCUGGUCUCCCAUCCAGGACCAAUCCUGCUUAGCUUCAGAAGCCAGCCAGCAGUGGGAUGCAGACAUGCUUCCUGCAAAGGCUGUAGGCUUGUUCAUUUAGCUGACAAAAGAUGCUUAUAAGGCCCAUGUCGUUAUUAAAUUAUUUUCAUAGUAAGAAGAAUACAAUUGAUCUUAGCUGAAUAAAAUAGGAUAUUUUUCCCAUUCCAGAGCGAAUAUGAAGUGGCUUUGUUGAAUGUAAAAGUGAUCAUUUGAAAAAGGUCCUAUACACUAGUUUUAGAGUUAUUUGGCAACUUUAGUUGUAAAUGAUACACCUUAUGUUAUGAUUUCAAAGACAUUCUAUAUGGGCUGCAUGAUGCGAUUAUAGCCUAUUGAUGAUUUUGGGAAGUUACAAAAAAAAAAGAAGCUUGUGCUCUGUUCCUUGCCUCAGGCUGCACAGCUGUUCUCACAUCAAGUGGUCAGAUUUUCACCCAACAGACUACUCUCAAUUUAAUCUUUUCUUUACUAAAGUGUAAAAUUUGUUCUGAUUUAGAAUGGCCCAUUAUCAAAUGGACAGGAACAGGGGAAAAAGACAUGUCAUCGUUACGCACUUGAACAGCAAAUGGUGGCAGCACACCGACCAGGACAGAGCUAGUCCGUCCCCCUCCAACCUGCCGGAGUCCCCUGGUCGCAACUCUCCUGAUAUCGCCUUACUGCUGGGUCUGAAGAGCCUGUCUGUGAGGCUGGUCGACUACAGGAAAACACCAGGGCAGAGUGGAACUUUGAGAGGUGAGCACGAGGAGGAAGACUUGAUUUCACCAAGGGACACCCUUAACUCUCGCUCUCUCAAUGGUAGGGACUUAUUUGGGGAGCCUCAACAACAUGUUUGUGACAAGGUAGAGAAGAGUCUCUGCCGAUCAGAACACCUCAAAAAGCACAGACGUACAGGGAAGAAACCUCACCACUGCUGCUCUGACUGUGGGAAGAGUUUCACUAGCAGGAGUGGUUUCAUAAUGCACCAACGGAGUCACACCGGAGAGAAACCGUACUGCUGCUCUCAGUGUGGGAAGAGUUUUGCUGCUUCUAACGCCUUCAAAUCUCAUCUGAGAAUUCAUACAGGAGAGAAACCUUACAGAUGCUCACAGUGUGGGAAGAGUUUUGCUGCUUCUAACACGUUCAAAUCUCAUCUGAGAAUGCAUACAGGGGAGAAGCCUUACCCCUGCCUUGAUUGUGGUAAAAGCUUUGCUAACACAGGAAUUCUAAGCAUACACCAGCGUGUACACACUGGAGAGAAGCCUUAUAGCUGUAAUCAAUGUGGGAAGAGCUUUGCUCGGUCAGGAGAGCUGACUACACACCUGGUAACACACACUGGAGAGAAGCCUUAUGUCUGUCUAUGUGGGAAGAGCUUUGCUCUAUCAGGACACCUGAAUAGACACCAGCGAACACACACUGGAGAGAAGCCUUAUAGCUGUGAUCAGUGUGGGAAGAGCUUUGCGCUAUCAGAACACCUGAAUAGACACCAGCGAACACACACCGGAGAGAAACCUUAUAGCUGUGAUCAGUGUGGGAAGAGUUUCAGUCUAUCAUGGACCCUAAAUACACACCAACGAACACACACCGGAGAGAAACCUUAUGUCUGUCUAUGUGGAAAGAGCUUUGCUCAUUUAGGGCCAAUGAAAAAACACCAGAAAGCAGAAAUGUGCCAUAUUUCCUCUCCCUCCUAUCUGACACUGGAUCCAGAUUACUAAAUAAAGGAUCAAUAGAAAACAUCUAGUGAACAGUCAUAUCCAUCUCCCAUUCUUAGACAGUUGCCUCAGUCUGAUCACCAUGGUAACCUCUGUGGAGCAUAAUAUGCAGCUCUGAUCCAGCAUCAGGUCUCCCCUGUGUCUAUGUAAUAUCACACAUUGGGAUUUGAAUGGAUAAAUGUUACCAUAGAAUGUCAUAGUCAACGUGUGUGUUUACGUACUCCUAAAACUAAUCAAUGAUGCAUUGAAUAAUAAUAUUCACGAGUUAAAGGCUAUAUCUAUGCAUAUUGUGUCUUGUGACAACGGUUAAUGUAAUAACUUUUAGAUUUAUAAUGUAAUAAAACCGGGAAAUGUAAUAUCUUGUUGGUUAAUAUGAUAAUGUUAAAUUGUUAUAGUAAUAACUUCUCUAUUUAAUGUAGUAAGUUACGGUAUCAUGUAACAACUUUUUAUGAAUGUAAUAACUUCAACCGAUCAUGUAAUAACACCUAAACCAAUGUUUAAUGUGUUACUUCACCAAUGUUUAUAGUAUACACAUACCACCCUCCACCAAUUGCACACCCACACACACAAACCUAUGUACUUGUACUCACACACAAAUACACAGUUUCAUCAUCAAGUUGUAUUGGUCACAUACACAUAUUUAGCAGAUGUUAUUGCAGAUGUAUGAAUGCUUGUGGUCCUAGCUCCAACAUUGCGGUAAUAUCUAACAAUACACAAAAAUACACAUUUAAAAUGAAAAGAAAGGAGUUAUUGAAAUGUACACAACUGCACAAUCACACACAAUUAUAUAUAUUUUUUUUACUGAAUUAAUCUGUAGGCCUUAUGGUCAAUGAGCCAGGGGGCUCAGUCGGGGUGAAAAUGUCUCAUAGACCUUAAAAGAAAAUGAAUCACUAUGUCCCUACAGUUGAAUGUGUUCUAUCACAGCAGCAAUGGUACCUUUCUGUGUGUUUAUCACUCUUUCUAUUCAUCCCUCCAUCCCUUUCAGUUUGCCCAUAGGGUAAAACCCCUAUGACAACGUCAGCAUACAGUACAUCAGGUUAUUACUCAUGUUUACCCUUUAAUCAUAUAUCAUUGGGAAUAUUAGAUUCACAGCUGUCCAUCAGACACAUCUUCAGAAUGUUCAGAUCGACAGAAAUGUGAACUUUUAAAUCUAGGAUGCAUAUCAGAAUUGCCUGUCAUUGCUUUAAAAAUAAAAUUAUACACUUAACUUGGUUUGACAAGUGGUUCUGAAACGUCAUAAAAAUUACCUUUAAAAAGUGGCCAGGCCUAGGACAGGGAGAACCCCAAACCGCACCCCAACCUCAUCAUUGGCUACCACCUCCACCCUGAUCUCCACUCUUCAGAGGUCACUCCAUGCCUCAGGACUUUGAUGUCAACGUAAGAGCGAGAAAAAUAUUCAAAUUCACAUACUUUGAUAAUGUAAUGUGUUUAUCAGAUGGAUGAAACAGGACCAAAAUACAUUAGGAAAAGGUGAAGAUCAUUGAAGCAAAUGAAAAAGAGUAAGGGACCAAGUAUGGACCGUUGCCAGAAGAAUGUGAAGAGUGAAGAACAUUUAGACUCUGACUCCAAUAUUACAUGAUGCUAAAGACCCAUAAUUGUAACAAUGAAUCUAGUCAAGGUAACAAGCCUUCAGUCACCACUCAGAAUACUAUAAUAUGCAAGUGUCUAGGUUUACUGUUAUGCAUAUAUUAAAAGACUAAGUGACAAGCGCUAAUAUCUUGCAAUCAAUGAUCUAGCAUUAAAGGUAAGAAUCUCUGGAUUAACUAUCUAAUAUUAGCUAAACGUAGUACUGAAUAAAUUGGCUACAUUUCUUUAAA